GUACGUAUGAUGUGUGUAUGUGUGUGUGUCGGGAGGUGCUGUAUCGCGAGCAGUCGCGAGCUAUCACACAUAGCGAGCCGUCGUAGACGUCGCAUCCCCACGUCAUCGGAUCCUCCCGUUCGGUCUCGUCAGGCAUUGUUGGGUGCGAAGAGGCACGGUGUGCACCGGCGAGAUGUCGUAUGAAACGAAAUAUAUAUUUGCUGCGUUACCAAGAACUCAAAGGGGACAGCCUCUUAUACUGGGUGGCGAUCCCAAAGGAAAGAACUUUUUAUAUACCAAUGGUAACAGUGUUAUCAUUAGAAAUAUUGACAAUCCAGCGAUUGCAGACGUUUAUACAGAACAUUCUUGCGCUGUGAAUGUUGCCAAAUAUUCCCCUAGUGGUUUUUACAUAGCUUCGGGAGAUCAAUCCGGUAAAGUACGUAUUUGGGAUACAGUUAACAAGGAGCAUAUAUUAAAAAAUGAAUUCCAUCCUAUUGGCGGACCCAUUAAAGAUAUUGCUUGGUCAGCUGAUAGUCAACGCAUGGUCGUGGUCGGAGAAGGAAGAGAAAGAUUUGGGCAUGUAUUUAUGGCAGAAACAGGAACGUCAGUAGGCGAAAUCUCUGGUCAAAGUAAAUCUAUCAACUCAUGUGACUUUAGACCGGCUAGACCAUUUAGAUUAAUAACUGGAAGUGAAGAUAACACUAUCGCUGUAUUCGAAGGCCCUCCAUUCAAAUUCAAAAUGACGAAGCAAGAACAUACUCGUUUCGUUCAAACUGUACGUUACUCCCCUGAUGGAAAUCUGUUUGCUUCCGGUGGUUUCGAUGGGAAAGUAUUUUUAUAUAAUGGAACAACUUCUGAUCUUGUUGGGGAAGUAGGAUCCCCCGCACAUCAAGGUGGAGUCUAUGGGGUAGCAUGGAAACCCGAUGGCACACAAUUAUUAACUGCUUCCGGUGAUAAAACUUGUAAACUGUGGGAUGUAGAAACACGUUCUUUAAUUACCGAAUUCAACAUGGGAACAACAGUCGAUGAUCAACAAGUGAGCUGUCUGUGGCAAGGGAAACAUUUAUUAUCCGUGUCACUUAGCGGUUUCAUCAACUAUCUUGAUGUCGACAAUCCUGAGAAGCCUAUAAAGAUAAUAAAAGGUCAUAAUAAACCAAUAACGGUGCUAACGUUAAGUCCUGAUAGAGGUACGAUUUACACUGGGUCUCAUGAUGGUUACAUCACCAAUUGGAAUGCAGAAACAGGGGAGAAUGAUCGUGUGCAAGGGCACGGUCACGGUAAUCAAAUUAAUGGGAUGAAAGCCACGGGUAACUUACUCUAUACUGCCGGUAUCGAUGAUACUUUAAGAUCAGUCGAUAUUGCGACGAACGCAUAUGCAGAAACUGCCGUGGUAAAAUUGGAUUCACAACCACGAGGUUUGGAUAUAUAUAACGAUAUAGUUGUGGUUGCUUCAGUUCGACAGAUCGCAGUUACACAAAAUGGCAAAAAGCUGUCAAGUUUACCAGUCGAAUACGAGCCAUCGUGCGUGUCAAUUAAUCAAGAAAUUGGAGAUGUAGCUGUUGGAUCCACAUUUGACAAUAAAGUUUAUAUUUACGAAUUGUCGGACAUUACACUAACUCAAAAGACUGAACUAGAACAUCUGGGUCCAGUUACGGAUGUUUCAUAUAGUCCUGAUAAUAAAUAUUUAGUUGCCUGUGAUGCAAACAGAAAAGUUAUAUUGUACACCGUACCAGAAUAUAAGGUAAAGUAUAACUUAAAUUCUUUCUCUAGAAUUUCAUUUAGAUUUAAUUAUAUCCAGCUAAAGAAAUAAGUUUUACAAGUUUCAUGUAAUCGAAUUUGUUAUGUACAUACAUAAAAU